UUUUUCUAGAGAGCUAUUACUAACGCCUAACAGUCGGUCUUUUUGUUCUCCGGCGCCACCACCAAUGUUUAAAGUGUUUGAGAAACCACCUCGGCCAAUACGGAUAGCUUUUCUACAGUGGAGAAUCCAGGGAAAUGGGUGCCUAAUGCAGAAUGCCGGACAGUACGGCCCAGGAGCUGCCGGUGCCCACCAAUCACAGCAUUUCGUACCAGCGGAAUCGUCGCCAAACGGUGGGUCAACAACCAGCUCUCUUAGGCAGUUCAGAAAGAAAGAUGUAGACAAAGCGCAAUCGGAACAAGGCCACAAACAGGUGUCUGAGGCUCAUGUGGCGCGGGUAGCGCCUCAAAACCAUUAUCCGCCUGCGUCCAGUGAUUGCUACAGUUAUCCGACACACCAGUUCUCCGAUUAUAGUCCGCAAGUUAAAUACUCAGACACAGCUGAACAUUCGCAGCCUAAUUUAAUGUCCGCAUCUGUGAUACAAAAACCGAAAUCCAAAGAUUACAUGGAAAUAUGUAACAUGCAGCAACCUCACAUGAAGCCCACAUAUUCCAAUCAUAUACCAAAUCAUCAGCAGUUUCAACAUGAAAACUCGCAGUACCUACAUAAAGAUCCAACUCAGAUUCACCCAUCGGGAUUCAAGCCUGAAGCUCAUUUUUUUCAAAAAGAACAACAUCAAUAUCAACAGUUGUCUACACAUCCAAUGCAACAUAAGUUCAAUCCAAUUAUGGCUCAAAAUAUGAGAAAAUAUAGCACUCCUACUCCGUCAGAUAAUCCAUUUUUAAAUAAACUUAGUAAAAUACAUCCCUCGAUGGCCAGGUCAAUUAUUAGCGACCAUCAUCUUCAAGAUACACAAGGAAAUUAUCCUGCAAUGGACCAAAGAAAUUUAUAUUCUCAACAAAACCAUAGGUACUACCCAGGACCAAUGUACCAGCAAAACCAAUAUUCUCCCAAUUCAACGUAUCCAAUGAAUACGCCUCAUUAUGCCAACUAUCCUUCUACGCCCUACAACUAUCCUAGGAACAGCCAAAUGUCUGCUAUGUCAGCUAGGUUUCAUAUGGAAAGGAGCAUGUCUCCUUCAAGAAGAGCUUAUCCAGAAAACAUACAUAUGACUCACAUGGCCUGUCAUAAUAUUGGCCCAAAAGUUACGCCACCACAUAACUAUCCCAAUCAAUAUGGUGGGCCAGAAUAUUCACAGCAUUAUCAGCAUAGAAGAAUUCCACAAGAUAUGUUUCCUCCGUCUUGUAGACCUCCACAAUAUAUUCAAAACCAUCAUCAAAUUGCAGGUCAGGAAAUGCAAGAAAUGUCAGAAAGUCGUGUAUCCCCCUCAGACAGCUUAAAGAAAUUUAUAGAAAAUUGGGCAGAGGAAGAACCAAACAACGAAGCAGGUUCAAUUGAAGCAGGUUCUCUUCGAGAAAAAGCACGUGAAGAGGCACCUUCUGAAACUGUUUACAUGAUUAACGCAAACGAUGUGCAAUAUUUUGAAAAUAAUGGAAUUCCUUUGGUCACCACUGAUAGUGGAGGUAUACAAUUGACGUCAGAAAAUUAUCAGUAUUUGCUUAAAAAUGGAUUAAUCGAUAAUAGCGGAAUAGUUCGGAUAAUGGAACCUAAUACUAAUAACGAGCGAGUUGUUAAUUUACAAAUAAUGGAGAGCGCUAAAUCAGAUUGUAUGAUGGUUAAUAAAAACAGCAAAACUACAGAUAUUGAAAUUAUGCAGAUGCCCAUAAAGAAGGAAGAAAAUAACAGAAAAGUUGUAAUUCAUCAAAACACGGUAAUUAGUUCUGCAAAACAAGUCUUACCAACACAACAAAACGUAGACCUACAUAGCGUCAAUAAAGAUUUAGCUACUGGUAUUUGUGUGACAAAAGAAUUAGUUGAUAAAAACUGUUCUCCUAUCAAUUUAGAUCAUUUGAAUUGUAACAACGACGAAACUGACCAAUCGGUACUAGUAACACCUUCAAAUACCAGUGAUAGUUAUAAAACGAGUUCAUUUGAAACGUCAGAUAUGUUAAACAGUUUUAACGUAAAAUCGCCUGAGUUAAAAAGUAUGCCUAUCAUAGAUCUUUUUGGUGAAUCUAAUUUAGAACAUAAUAAAGUUCCUGAUGAAGUGGAGGAAGAGAACACAAAAGAUGAACACAGCACAUCCAAAAAUUCAGCAAAUAAAUGCCACAAAAACGAUACCAGUUUAACUCAAUCCGAGAUAACACAUAAUGUUAGUUCCUCCACUGAUAAGGACCUUAUUGAAUCUUUAACACCAGAAAAGUUAGAUGCUGAGAAGCAAACUGAAAUUAGUCUUGAUGAUCUCAUUAAUAAUAAAUUAGAAGAUACCGAACAUUGUUCGACCCAACAUGAAAUUUGCAAGAAUGAAGGCAACAGAGAAAAACUGGAUGACAAAAACAAUUCAGUUGGCGAAGAUAAUAAUGUUAAAAAUUUUUCAUUAUCUGUUCUUGUGGAAAACACAAAUAUAAGUAUUCUUAAAACUAAUAGUGAAGCAAGUGAACAAUUAAAUCUAGAUAUAAAAACUGAUCACAAUGAAUAUAACAUUGACGUGGCUGCCGAAAUAAAUCUUAAUCAAAAUACCACCUCAAAACCAAUUGGAAAAAGGAAAAGGAUAUUUUCGGUAGACGAUAUAAUAUACAAUAUUGGUAAUAAUACGAAAAAAGUCUUAAAUGACGAUUCUGUUAGUUGUAGUACCGAAACGCUCACAGAUUUUAUUAAUCAUGAAAUUUCAUAUUCGUCUUUAGAGCAGCUAUUGAUAGUGGAUCAUAAGAAGUAUUACUUAAAAAAAAGUGCGGAUAUUGCAACUGAAAACACUUUCAAUGAACUUAGUAAAGCUAUUUCUGAUGAUCAAAUAAAUUCACCACUUACAAAUGCUGAUACUGAAAUGCAUACCUGUUUAUCUCCUAAAAAAGAAAAUUAUGGUAAACUUGAACAAAAUGACGAUAAGACACUAAAUUCUAAAUCUAUUGAUACUGUUCAGGAUUUUAGUCAGAAACUAAAUAAUGAAGAGGACGUAAAUGAAGAAGUUAAAAAAUCAGUUUUAGACAGCAGUUAUAGUGAUACUAUAACUGCAGAUCAAAUAGUCGCCAAUGAUGAUUCUACUUUAUUUAAGGAGGAUGUUUUACAGUGUUACUCUAAUGUCAAUAAAGAUGAACAAAAAUCUGCAAAAAGAAUUGAUACAAAUGACACAUUAAUUACUAACGAAGAUUUAGAUCCUACUGAUCCCUCAAAAUCUCCACACAACAACCAAACUCAACAAGAAAUCGAGGGAAUAAAAAAAUCUUCACAGUCUUCAAACAGUAAUGAAAUUGAAGAAGUCACUUCUCCAACGAAUAAUGUUCAGUAUAGAAAAGCAAUAUCAAUUGAGGAAUCUUCGGUGCUUUUGGAAAUUGCUGGAGAACUUAUGGAAAUAAGUAUAAAUGUUGUCAAUGGAAAAAAAGUAAUAACAGUUCUGCCUAUUUCUGAGGAUACUGUAGUAGAUUUUAAUGACAAUUAUGAAUGUUCAUCAAAUAUAGUAAAUAGUCAAAUAGAUAAAUCUCCUAUUUCUAUUAUUGAACAGGAUUUUGAAAAUUCCACCGAAAAGGUUUCAACUCUGGAGGAAAAUUUGCAAUUGGAGGAUACUACUUGUGACAAAAACAAUUCAGAUAUUCAAGAAGAUCUUACAAUUACAGAAGAUACGCUAAACAUUGCAGUUAUUUCAAAGGAGAGCUUAGUAGACGGUUAUACUAUCGAAGAUAGUAUUGAUAAAAUUUCCAAAGAUUUAUGUAUUGCUGAAAGUGAUUCAAAUAAUUUGUCACCGAGAAUAAUUGAUAGUAAACAUAUUGAUGAAAUUCAAGAUGAUGACUUAGAACCAAAAAUAGAAAUCAUUUUAACUGAAGAAUCCAGUUCAAACAUAGAAUUGCUGGAAUGCCCUAUAGAUGAAGGUAAUAUACUCAUGUCAGAUUGUUUGUCUCAUGAAGUUGUGGUUAGCGAUCCAUUGGAAGGUAUUGGACUAUUAGAUGAAGUAGAUGGAUCAAAUAACACGAAUUUGAUAUUAGAACCCGUUACAACAACUAAUAUAAUUAAUGAUGAUUCAUUAGAUGAUAAAAGCCAGAAAAAUAUCACUGAAAAUACAUCUCCUGUAAUUGAAAAGGAUGAUGAAUGUGAUAAUGCGACAGUUAAAACAUCCUCUGAGGAAGACAGACUUAAUGAAAAUUGUAGGUCAAAUAAUUCUAAGCAAGACACGAGAAUCUCCAAACCAGAGGUACUUAUAUUAUCGCCUACAUCAACUAAUUUAGAUGACCAUUUUACUAAUAGUAAAGAAAAUAUUUAUCUAGAUAUUAAAUUACCUUCGGUUGAUUGUGAAACGACAGAAUGUUCUUCAGCUAUUACAACCAAAGCUGCAAAGAAGUCCUACGAUAUGGAUUUACAGAUACCAUCUGUAACAACAAGUGGGGAUGUUAGUAUAAAAAUUAACAAAAGACCUACUACUCCUCAUGAUAAAGUGUCAUCAUCUAGAAAGGAACAAAUUCACAAAAAUAUUUCUAAAUCUAAUAAAUCAGUUGUCAAAAAGACUAAAAAAAAAUCUAGAUAUGUAAAAGUCCCGUUAAAUCUGAAUGACAGAAAGUCAAGCAAAAUGGACGUUAAACGGAAUGCUAUUAUUAAAGAUGUUAUCCACAAAGUGAAAAACAAAGAGAAACUGAAAUUUGAUGAGCAAAAUAGUACAGAAACUGAUGAAGAAUUUGUUGAUUUUAAGGAAUUGUUGAGAGCAAGAAAAUUAAAGAAACAAAGAAAGCUGGAAGAAAUGAAAGAGAAAAAAAUACAAUUGAAGCCGCCAAAAAAUGAACAUUCCGACAAGGGAAUGAAAUCUAUUGAAGUUAGCAGUAGUAUUUCAAAAGAAAAACAACCUUUGUCUUUAGAUCACAUUCCUGCUAAAGAUCAAAAUACUACGAAUAUUGAAAAAGAUACUUUACAAAGUGAAGAUGAUAUCAAUUUACUUUCUCAUGGUAGUUUAAAUUCAAAAUUAAAUAAGGGGGAAUUUAUCGAGAAAGAUUAUAAAUGUACAGAACAGUUAGGUAGUAAGACGGAAGCAGGUAACGAAGAAGACAAAAAGAAGGAAAUCAAGUUGAUACCAAAAAAGAUACUCAGAAAAUCAGUUAGUUUUUCCGAAGACUUGCCAACAUCGACAUCUUCGGCUAUUACAACGUCUGUACAGUGUGUAGACAAAAAAACAAUAUAUUCAUCCGAGGCAUCUUCGGAAGUCAAAGUAGAAAAUAACCCCGUAACAAAACCAUUACAAAAUCAAAUUAUAGUGCCUAGUGUUUCAGAAUUAAUAGAGGAAAACGGACCGGUAGGCAAAAGGAAAAUUAGCUAUUUAGAUUAUGUUAAAAGGAGAAAAAAGGAAAUAAAUUAUAGGAGUAGUUCAACAGAGGAAAAGAGUCCUGAUAAAGAACUAAGAAGAGAUAGUAAUACUUCAAAUGACGAAUUUUCUAUUUAUCUAGAAACUGGGUAUAAAACUACAAAUUCAAAGACACUAAGUGAUUUGAAAACGUCAUUUGUAAUACAUUCCUCUGAUUGGGAAGAUUCACAAUCGCCCAAACGAGAAUACAAACAAUCAAGCGAAGAAUGCCUUAUACGAGAAUUUAGUGGCCUUAUUAAAACUAAUAGUAAAAAAUCAGUUAUCGAUGUUAAUGAAUUUAUCUCGCAGGAUAGUUCCAUAGAUGUAAAACUGAAAGAAUAUAAAGAAAAAGUUCAUUCGAAAUUAAAUUCACUUAACAUUCAGAUCCCAAAGUUUAAAACACAAACUCUAGAAAAAAAUACGGAAAAUAAACCUAAACUUACUGUAGACCCCUACGAAUCCAGCAAUUUAAUUAAAAGAUUUCUGAACAACGAAAAAAUGUCAUUAAGUGAAAUGGACAAGGUCAAACGAAUAAUAUCUUAUAAAAGAUAUAUACAGCAACAGAAAAAAGAUAAAUUAUCUAUAAGUCCCACAUCAAACACGACAGUUUCUAGUAAUUUACUGGAUGACAAUCAUACAACUUCUAUACAAAAUUCAUACGAAAUUAAAAAUUCUAGUAAUGGAGAUCUAAGUGAAAUGAAACUGCAUAUUAAAAAAGUAUGCAGCAAAAGAAAAUUAGAUGUGGAUGGUGAUAGUGAAAAGAGUGAAGUUUCUGCCGAAAAUAGUGAGGAUUACUCAGUCUACAAUCGUUUGGGCAAAGACGGCCUACCAAAGAUGAUUUUUAAGCGAAAUAGACAUAGUAAUGUGAGCGAUGAGAAUGAUGAGUUUCAACCCAUAGUAAAGUUGGAACGUCUCGAUUUAAAUAGGGUGAAGGAGUUAUAUAAUAUCACUGUGAGUAAUAUUUGUGAUUUAGGGACCAAAUAGUUUUGUUAUUGUUUUUAUAGUUUAUUAAAUCAAUCCAAUUUAGUUUAUGUAUAUGACUUUCUUCUAAGGAUAUUUAAAUAAUAUUUAUUUUACUGUUAUUUCUUUCUUUAAAUGGUUUGGUUAAUUGAAGUAAAUUUUCUUUGUAAAUAUGUAAUUGCUUUUGACAAUAGCACAGCAAUAUUAAAUUUUUGAAGCAAAUUAAUAUUCUGUAUCUAUUGAAUAUGACCUUAAAUUAUGAUAGGAAAAUGUGCCUGAAAUAUUCAAAUUACUAUAUUUUUAUACAAAUUCAAUGUUUACUACUAAACUUUAGAAAAUAUUGAUACUGCUAUGGUAUUGUCUAAAUUUAAAUGAUCGUAUGUUUUACUGUAUAGCUAUUUAAUUAAGAUUAUUGAAGGUAAAUAUCAGAAAUGCUGGUUGGCUGUGGAAAAGAGUGGGGUAGGUGGCAGCUAUUUAAUGUUUCUUUAAUAUUUUCUAAUUAAAAAAGUUAAAUGUACUUCUUUACUAAAGUGAAAACAUUGUUAUUUACCACCAUUCUACACUCAGAUGCAAAAAAAAAUAAAAACGUAACACUUUAAACUUGACGAAAAAUAAUUUUUUGGUUUAAGUGCUAUAUUUUUUUAUUUUUAGCCCUGGUUUCAUGAUUUUUUUA